UAUGGCUAGUGACGACGGUGUCAUUUUAACAAAUGAUGAUGCAGCUCAGUGUAAGCGUUUUGCAGUAGAGAAGAAGUAUUGGGCGGAUCCAUAUAUUUCUCUUAUGACGCCAAGAAGCUCGGCAAAACAUGCACCUGAAAUCAGUCGGGGUUACAUACAAAUAUAUAUAAUUUAUACAUAUAUAUAUAAAGUUUGCUUAAUUUGGAGUAAAUUUAUUUUUCAGAUAACAGAUAGGAAUUGCCAAGUUGUCAACUUUGGUGCAGGAUCAGACACAAACUACUGGUUGUUGAAAGACAUGGAUAUGUAUCCCAAAUCCUUCAUUGAACUAGACUUUAAAUCAGUGACAGCAAGGAAAGUUAACCAGAUAAAACGCCAUGAAGCUCUUCUCCAAAUAAUUGCUUCAGAAGAUGGGGAUAUAAGAUUAAGCAAGUCGGAAAUCCAUGGGAGUGAUUACCAUCUUGUAGAUGCCGAUUUGUCAAUUUUGUCACAAGUGGAGAAGAAGCUACAGGAAUCUGGAAUCGAUAAAACAUUACCAACUCUGUUUAUGGCAGAGUGUGUUCUGGUUUACAUCGAAUUUAACAAAACGAAAGAACUGCUGAAAUGGAUUGCAGAACAGUUUCCGGUUGCCAUGUUUAUAAAUUAUGAACAGGUGAACAUGGCAGAUCGCUUUGGGGACAUAAUGAUAGAAAACUUGAAGUCUCGAGAAUGUUUUCUGGCUGGAGUAGAGGCUUGUAAAAGUCUGGAGACACAAAGGCACAGGUUUCUUGAUGUUGGUUGGGAGGGAGCUGAUGCUAUGGACAUGCUACAGGUCUACAAGUGUCUGCCUCAGGCCGAUGUUCACAGGAUAGAGAAGUUAGAAUUCAUGGAUGAAAAAGAACUUCUGGAGCAGCUGUUAGGUCAUUACUGUUUAUCGUGGGCGUGGAAAGACCCGAAUCACCUUGGAUUGGCUGAUCUCGACGUCACAUGAUCAAAGGGAAGAAACUGUACUCUAACAUUUAUACCCUCGCUUGAUGAAAUCCCACACAGCUUCAUGUCAUACUGCCAGUUGACUUAUUUAUACAGAUUUUAUGGAUAUCGGGCUGCUGUGUUGUGAUAUAUCAGUUUAUAUGCAGAAAUUGUUGAUGACUUUAACUUGUGGCUGCUUUUAAUAUUGUUGCCGAAUAAAUUGUUGCUCUAUGU